AUGGACUACCGCGGUCUUGGUCGCAGCACGUACCUGGACUGCGUUGCCGCGCAGGCUACUACCACGGGAUCUCCGCUCGGUAAGGACUUCGACUCAUCGGAAGUUCCGGCCUGUGCUCAGGAACUCUCCGCCACGGAUUUGGCGACCUUCAUCGCCAAGUAUACGAACAGCGCCAAUACCAUCUUGUAUGGUGCCAGCUACGGAACACUGUUUGUGGAGCGCGUGAUGCACUUGAACCCCCCAAAGGUGACGGGGUACGUUAUGGACGGCGUCGCCACAGCGUCGGGAGCGUCAGCGGACAAGUUUUUCUACAUGUCCAAACGGGAUGUUGACUUCGGUAUCGUGGGCGACCGCUUCUUGGUGCUGUGCGCGGAGGACGAGACCUGUAGCAGUUACUUCAAGAAGCCCAACACGCUGCCUACAACCCUUCGAGGCUUGCUUUCGGACUUCGACAAAGACCCGAACUCGACGUGUGCGAGUAUGCUGAAGGACCAACGAAAGCAUAUCCCUCCGGUUGCCUACCGCAUGAAGCGCUGCGACUCGAAUGACGCUGAAGUGUUGGGCCAAUACAUCGCCUACUACAACAUGCACGCCAGCGCAUCAUCCCAAACCGCAGCUUUCGACUCCCCACUUCUAUCCAGCCUCAUCUAUUUCUCAGAGAUGUGGGAGCGCCCGCAGCCUUCGCAGGCCGAAAUGGAUAAGCGGUUCGAGAACGCCCUUAUCUCCACCGGGGCAUUCGCUGGGCAGCCUGAGCAGUACUGCGCCUUCUCCAAGGAAAAGUCCAAGGCGUGUGACGAAUUCAACGUCGGCAACUAUCCUGCGAAACCCAUUACCUACAAACGCGACCAGUACUGGAACAAGACCGCCACGAUCCCCCGCCAGGCCAGCGUUCUGCUCUUGAGCAGCAAGUUGGACGCUCAGACGUUGCACGAGUACGCUAAGGCGUUGCUGGAGACGCUGGAUGGAGACCAAAACGAGAUGGUCACCUUCAACACCUCCAUCCACGGCGCGCUCAUGUGGACCCCAUUGGAUUCUGGUAGUACUUGCGGCGCGAAGAUUCUGGCUUCGUAUGUCAACAACAAGGGAAACCUCAAGGGGCUGGACAAGUCUUGCGUGGGCGAGAUGCCGGCGUUCAAUCUGGCGGUCCCAGUCGACUACCAGACUAUACGGAUGAUGCAUACGAUGGCGCCUUCAACUCCAGUCUGGGUUACUACACCCAGUGAUUUCGAUGAGCUAUGGGACUAUGGGAGUGAUUAA